AUGGGCGACGAAUCGACGAUUGCGAGUUCAAAUCUAAAACAAGCCGUAAUUUUAACGCAAAACGACGGCAUACCUGGUUCAAAGUUCGAAGAAGACCCCGACAACUACACUGUAGAGCAGUUGAAGYGAUGGCUGAAGUKUAGAAGCCUUAAACUGAGCGGAAAGCGUAGUGAUCUACUCGCACGUGUUCGCGAUGCUAUCAAAGCMGGUAAUCACCAUGUUCUAGAUCCAAGUAUAGAUGAUGGAAAGUGGUUGCAGGCCAAGAUUUUAAAAGAAACUAAAACUACUGACAGAUCAAGUGCUAGAAGUGAAGAUGUAACCAUCCCAAUAGGCCCAAAAUCUGGAUGGAAAGCCUUCCCAUCGCAGGACAUUCCAUCGCUGUUCAAUUAUGGUCAUGUAUACCACUAUGCGUUGGAGUCGUUACCGUUUAUUUCUAACGAAAAUGACUCAACAAUAGAGAAUGAUGUUAAUAAUUUGGACACUGACACUGGACUAGGCCACAUGACCGACAAACCGUUUAGCGUUGGAAGAAAAUACGUUGAUUCUGGAUUUGUUCAUGAUCUAACAGACAACAAAACUACGGAACACUACUUCGUAAAGGCGCACGUUUGGCCCUCAAUGAAAACCGAUUUACCUCAUAAUGUAGACAUUACUCUAUCGAGGAACAGUGGAGCAGUCAUUCAUGCGUCUUGCCAACCCUGUAAAGCAUCGGCACUUGGACGGUGUAGCCACGUAGUAGCGGUUUUACUYUUCCUUGUUGACUACGUGAAAACGCACGGCAACCAAKUAACAACACCAUGCACAAGUCAAGAAUGUAGUUGGAACAAGGGUAAAAAACGCCAAAARAAUCCACGUAAGCUAUCCGAUGCAAAGUAUCCUACCAAACGCAAACAGCGAAAAUUACAGGUUAUCGACUUUGAUCCCAGAYCAAAAGAAUAUCGAAAGKUUACAKACAAAAACAUUAACAAUUUUGUCGUGGGGYUGCAAACUAUCUCGGCUGAGCAAAAGCAUGUCUCAAUGUGGGAAACUCAGCUGCUGAUUACUUAUGAAGACUACAYGCUUGAAUCUUCAGCAAUUCCUAUUUUAGAAAAAAAAGCUGGACUCCUCUUAAGCAAUAUCUCACCAACUAUGCUCACAGAAAUAGAGGGAACAAKAUCACAAAGUGAUUCUGAAAAAUGGUUUUCAGAACGGUGGUGCCGUAUAACAGCGUCAACAUGCUUUGAAGCCCGUAAAAUUGGUCUAAGUAUUAUUAGUAAUGAUAGUAAUGCUGCUAAGUCAUGUAGUAAAUUUAUUUCAGACCAUAUAUGGAACAUUGAUAACAAUCAGCGACCUCAAACUAAGUGGAUGAAGUAUGGCUUGGAAAGUGAGGCAGAAGCAGUGAUAAAGUAUCAACAACAAACAAACUCUGUUGUUUCUUCAACAGGACUAUGGGUCAACCCCGAGUUCCCUUAUAUUGCGUGCUCUCCUGAUGGGCUGAUAGGGGAUGAUGGUCUUUUAGAAAUUAAGUCUCUAAAGAUAUUCCAUGACUACACCAUAGACAGAGUAAUUAAUGACAAUGGAACACUAAUCUCUAAAGACAACAACACCUUUGUCCAACACUCGUAAUUGAAUACUAUUUGUACAGGAUGAGAAAUCUUACUCUGUAGUUCAGCUGUCGUUAAAAACCAGUUUUUGACCAGUGAGUAACGCAUGAGCAGUAGGACUUUCAUAUCUGGAAUAUCUAAUAAGCGUCACCAAUUAAGUUUUGUUUGACUACGAACUUUGAGUCAGAAUUUAUCUAUCCUUUACUGAAUAAGACUUAUAUUCUUAUUACUCAGUUUGUCGUUUGUAUAAAAAUCACUACUUAAAAGGAGGUUACCUAAACGCCGAGUUAGGAUCUCGAGUUGGAUUUCGAGUUGGAUCUCGAGUUGGAUUUCGAGUUGGAUCUCGAGUUGGAUUUCGAGUUGGAUCUCGAGUUGGAUCUCGAGUUGGAUUUUUAGCAGGAUUCUGAGUUUUCUAUAAAA